AGAAAGACACACAGACUCUCAGACACACUGAUACCGUGAGGGACAGAGAGGCUCACACACUAAUACAGUAUUUUGACUGAAGCACGUGUUAGAGAGAGAGAGAGAGAGAGAUGAACACGGGCACCAGUGUUAGCAGAAAAUAGAGAACAUGAGAGGGAGAGAGAAGCUAUCUCUUGCUCGCUCGCUCACUGAAAAAGAGAGUGUUUUAGUUACUCCAAAAGAAGAGAAACAGUUACUCCAAAAGUGAGUCGGAGAGUGUGUCUCAAUGUUCACGUGUCCAGUGGAGGUCUUGACUACUGCCUUUGUUCUAAACCUUAUUCUAAACUUGGUAAUAUUCUCAAACCUCAAAGCGAUCCAUUUGUACACCACUGUGUUGGUACUCUUAACACGGUGUGACUGUGCAGUGGGAACAAUGCUAUGUGUCUUUUGGCACACCUCAAGGCAUAGAUUUAAGAUAAUCGCAGAAAGGAUUUAAAAGGGGAGGUUGGGGAAAAAAAAUCUUUCCACGCAAGGUGGUCGAAUGUGGAAUUCUCUGCCACGAACCUUUGUCCAGCCACAGCCCGUAAAUCCGUUUAAAAAGGUACCAUGUGUUGAGAUGGAGGAUCUCCCGUCUGGAGACUUGGCCGCGAUCAAUCCCAGGCAACACAAAAAUGCAUCGAAUUCUACCUCAGAAAGUCAUCUCGAGCCAUGGCACAGCACUCCAAAAUCUAAGCCCUCAGGAGAAAACAUUAACUGCCCCAAAUCUAUUGGCGACUCGAGGUUGAACUUUGGUAAAAUGCAAGACACCAGCCAAGCCACCGGAGCAAGAUCUAAAGUGUGCUCUACAAAGGCAAUGCAUCCCGUCCCCCCGUACAAUACCUCUGUAAAAAGUAACGGGAACCUGGAUUUAGAGAAUUCGACCAUUCAGAAACAGCGUAACGAGCUCCAGCUUCUAGUGAUGGAGCUGAAAGACCGGGAUCGAGAGUUGAAUGAGAUGGUGGCGGCUCAUCAGAAACAACUGCUGGCCUGGGAGGAGGACCGCCUGCGGAUACUCACGCUGGAGGAGAGAUGCGCCAAGCUGGAAAACGAGUUGAGAAAGAGGAACGAGCUGAUUCGGACACUGACGACGCAGCACAAGAUCCUGGAGGCUCAGCAAAACGACUGCCUGAAAGCCCUGAGCAGCACUCAGCAACAGCUACAGGAAACCAACCACAAGGCAGGAGAGGCUGUCAGCAACUGUGAGGAGCUCGAGGAGCGUAACAAGAGCCUGAACACCUCCAUGCUGGAGCUCUCGGCACAGGUUGGGCAGCUGCAGGCCCGGGAACAGGAGCUCAGUACCAUGUUGAAACUAAAGGACAAGGACAUGGUGGAAGCGACCAAUCACAUCAUCGAUCUUUCAGCCAGGUUCAAAACCUUAGAGAGCGCGCUGCGAGAGGCCAGGCUGAACGAAACCAACACCAGGAAAGAGGUGCAGGAUUGCAAGCAACACUCAAAGAGACUGAGACAUGAGAUCUGUAAGCUUAGAGAUGAGUUAGAUGAAAAGACAGGGGAAAAUAAUGAGCAGAGAGAAGAGAUUAUUCACCUUAAGCAAGAAAACCAGUACCUGAUCAGUGAGCUGACCUUAGCAGUGGAAAGGGAGAAGAGGAAAGAUCAGUUGCUGGAGCUCGCCAAAUCCAAGCAGGAGCGAGCGGACACAGAGUUGCAUGGCCUUCGGCAGGUAAACGAAAAGCAACAACACGACCUGCAGCUUCUACACCUCAACCUGGCGAGCUCUCAGGAGCUGAUUCAAAAGCAGGAGGAGAAAAUUCUGGAAAUCAGCGAGGAGAAGCUGGAGAUGGACAUGUUGGGCCUGGAAUCGCCAACGGCCGCCCACAACAACCCCUUGCGAGAUAGGUCGAGGAGGAAGGGCAGUUACCAGGAUGACCUGACGGCCAAUAGCAUCCCGGCCUCGCCGGGCAAGCUGCCCAGUGCCGAGGACAGCGGGCUGGGGUCCGCAUCCAACAACAGUACUUGCCGAGAUGACUGUUCCCCGACGAGCAAGCUGCAGCGGCUGCUGGCAGAGUCCCGGCAGAUGGUGGCAAACCUGGAGCGCAGCACCCAGCUUCCCCCUGGCCUGUCCUGCCCCAGCGUCGGCAACAAUACCAGGGAGGGUAGCUCACACUAAUACAGAAGAAAGUCCACACAACACAAAGGAAGAAAUAAAUUAUACAGUUGAGCAAACACCUGGGCGGGUUGUACUUUUCCUUGACUGGGCCAAAGUAAGUUAACAAACAGACGAGAUCCUGUGAGAUAACCAUGAGCUGGGGAACAAGAGUGAAGCCUGGUUUGGUGAUAAAUAAAUGUAAUAUUUAACAAUGGACCGUCUUGUGAGAGAUAUCACGCUUCAGGAUGAAGAUAUGUACGUUGCUAAUAAAUACAUGGAAACAGG